AAGAAGCUGUCGAUAAUUAAAAUGGAUUUUAUUUGACAACUUCUGUCGGAGAAUCGCUUGGAUUUUCAUUAAGAUCGCGUUAUUGUUUAUAAGAUGUAAUGGGCGUGUGUGAUGGGCGGCGUUGGGAGUAUAAACAAGUUCGCAGCAUCACAGGAGAAGAUGAGAUCCCUGUCCUGUCAUCAGAGCUUUCUGUCUGUCCCUGCUCAAGUUCAUCACGGUCGCAGUAGAUUCUCUAAACAAACUCAACCCUCAGAAUCAAACCCAGAACAGUCACUGCCAACUUUCAUUUCUGUUUUCCUACCCGAAUUUCCACAGAGGUUUACUGGACACGUGCAUUUCCAGAUUCUUGGGUUUAUAGCUAAAGGCUCAUUUGGACCCAUACUGAAGGUUAAGGACCUUUGUAAAGAUGAGACUUAUGCUAUUAAGGUUUUACCCAAAGCUGAUGUUUUGAAGCACAGCGUCCUCCAGCAGUCAAAAGAAGAGGUGAUAAUCCAAACUCUUGUGUUUCUGUCUUUAGUGUGCGAGUAUUGCAGUACUGGGGAUCUGUAUACUUACUGGACACUGAAGGGUCGAUUUGAUGAGAAAGAGAUUCGAGUGUUUGCUGCUGAAUUGGGCUCUGCUUUGGGUUUUUUACAUGACUUUGGAAUAAUACAUAGGGAUGUGAAGAUGGAGAACAUUCUUCUGACUGAACAAGGUCACCUCCGCUUGACUGAUUUUGGGCUGUCUCGUCGCCUUAAGCUUGGGGAUAGAGCCUUCACUAUAUGUGGCACAAUCCAAUACAUGGCUCCUGAGGUACUGGGAGGCGGCCCCUACGGCCAUGCAGCAGACUGGUGGUCUCUUGGUAUCGUCAUCUACAGUUUAGCCACUGGAGGGUGUCCCGUUCCUCCAGAAGCAGACCACUGUAAGAUGCUGGCCAGGGUAACUGAACAUCCAUUCGACAUGCCAGUCGACCUCAGUCCAGAUUUGGCCUUUCUGCUCAUAGAGCUUCUUUGCAAGAUCCCCACACAUCGCUUGCGCUGCCUGGAGCACUUCCGAAAGCAGAAGUUUUUCCAUGGCAUGUCCUUUGAUUCCCAGAUGCUGCAGAAAAGUCCCAUCGAGCCAAUCCUGGAGCUGAAGAAUCAUCCGGACCGACAGGAAAAAUCAAUGAGAGGUCUAUCAUUAGACCUGCUCCAGAAUUUUGAGUGUGACCUGCUGAACUCUCCCUCCACCCCUGAAGGUGUGUCUCAUACCUUGAUGAAGAAUGAGAUGAACAAAGUUACCUUAGAGACUGAAGCAACAGGAACCUCAGUUCUCUAAACUCAGAUCUAUGUAAAGCAAACAGCCUACGAAAAAUAUUUAAACACUUAAAACUUUGGAUCUGCCAAAAAGACUGUACAAAAUGUAUUAACUUUUUUAUUUUUUACAACUAUACUUUUCUUUCAGGUGGAUAUCAAAAGUACAAUCUAUGUGACUAACCUUUCAUAAAUGUACUUCAAAUUGUUGUUGACAACAAAAAAGUAUAAUUUACAUUCACUUACAAUAGAAAGUCUAUGGGGCUUACAUUUACAUUUAGUCAUUUAGCAGACGCUUUUAUCCAAAGCGAUUUACAGAGAGUUCAGGAAGCAAUAAGCGAUAUGUCAUACAGAAGCAAUAAUACAACAAAGUUAGUUUCAACAAAAGCUAGACCACUACAUGUUGAGAGAAAGAGAGAGGUUUAGUUUAGUGUAAGUUUUUACAGAAGAAAUGGGUUUCAAGUUAUUUUUUUAAUGUUGUUGGAGAUAUGGUUGAACGGACUGAGUUAGGAAGAAUGUUCCACCAGGAAGGAGUUGUGAAGGAGGAUGUGCGGGAAAGCGAUUUACUGCCCUUAUUAGAAGGCUUAAACACAACUUAAAAUGCAGUAUUUUUGAAGUUUAGUUACAAGACCUGAACAUACAGUAUGCAAUGAAAUAGACUAGAUUAUAAAACUGCUCUACAGUUACAACUGAGUAUUUCAACAGUCAACUGUCAGAAAAAUAAAAAUAAGUACUGCAUCUACUGUUAGUGCAUUACUGUAAAUUCAAAUUUUGAUACCUCAUGUUUUAUACCUUCAGUGUUUACAUUAAAUGAUAUAGUUUCAUAUGAAUAUGGCACAUGUAUAAGAUAUUUGAAGUGAUCCUUCUUUUUAAAAUGUUUACAUUUGCCUUUCAUCAAUGCAUAAUUUUUAUUAUAAAAGCUG